AUGUCCGAUUCAGACUCUACCCUAUCCCCUGAACCUCAGCGCACUAUUAAAAUCAUCUUCAUCUCGGAUUAUCUCUGCGCCUUUUGCUACAUCGGGAAUAAGUCGCUCAAAGACGCUAUUGCCGGGUGUCGUGACCUGGAUGUACGUUUCGACGUGGAAUUCCGGCCAUUUACCCUCCUCUGCCAAUCAUCCGUACCCGAGACCCCCAAAGUGAAAGGUGAAAAGGCGCCAAAUCGCUGGAAUUAUCUCGUUCGGAAGUUGGGUAAAGAGCAAGCGGAAAGCAAGUGGAAAAUGAUCGAAGAAUUGGCAGAGAAAGCUGGCUUACCGAUUACGCAAGACGGAAUUGUGGCCCGUUCUACUCUCGCCCACAGACUGUCUGUGAAAGCAUAUAAAGUUGGCGGGCAAGCCAUGCAAGGCCGCCUCAACGAUAUUUUAUUUAAGGCCGUUUUCACCGACUGCCAGGACGUCAGUGACGUCGAGUUUCUUGCCGAUGCAGCAGAGAAAGUUGGCUUGAUGAACAAGACAGAGGCUACUACAUUCUUGCAAGAUACUGAUUGCAAGAACUGCGUCAAUCAAAUGAUUGAAGCUGCUCGGGCGAGCGGUGUGAAUGGCGUGCCCUCCAUCAUUAUUGAUGGAAAAUGGGCUUUGAAUGGCGUACAAUCUACAGAGUGUUACCUUCAGGUGAGCAAGACUCGUUCAUUUUAA